CUGGGUAUUGAAGGACUAUUAAAAGGUCUACGUUUAAAUUUGUUUUUUUUACAAAAAAAAAAACAACAACAAAAAGCCAUACAAAUAAUAUAUUUAUUUCUUUAACAAAGAAAAAUAAAUAACGCAAAAAGAAAAGUGAUAUAGAGAAGAAAAGUGAACUUUUUGCUAAGACGCAUAUAAACUUAACCAACUCAAACACAAAACUAAAUAAAAACCACCAACAACAUGUCUGAAGCUUAUUUUGAUGCUUAUGAUCAUUAUAACUAUGAUCAGGACAAAUACAUCUUUUCUGGACACAGUGGCAAAUAUCGCUCCAAAAAGGAGGCAACUGAUCACACCAAUCAUUUCGACCCCAGUGGACAUUCCAGAAAACUUUUAACCAAAUUCAUGAACACCAACAAUAAUAGAAAACUUGCCUGUGCUGGCCACAAAAAUUGAUACGUCGUCAUCAUAAAAGAAAGCAAACACUAAUACUUUUAUUGAAGAAAAGCUAAUGAAAAAAAGAGUACUGAACCAAAAGGAAGUUGAAGAAAUAAAUAGAAAGUAAAAAGAGGAAGGAAAAAGGAAUACGUGUAUACAAACGGAACAUAAGAAAAAAAGAAAGGAGUUUUACUGAAAACAUAGAAAGUACCCUCUAUCAAAAAAAAUAAGAAAAUAUUUAAAAAGUUUAAACUCUAAAAUCGAAAUCUAAGAAUUUUUCUUUAUUUAACUUACAAUAAGAGAAACUGGUGGUUACAUUUAUAGUUUGACACUGCUAUGCAGUGUUGGACUUUUAUUUGUAGCCACACACUUCUCUCUAAUAAGCAUAAAUUAAUCUAAAAAAUUAACAAAAUUUCCCUAUAAUUCAUAUUUAGUACAUUUUAGGCAUUAUUGUUCUUUUAUACAAAUAAUUUAUUUAUAAUUUUUUUUUUAAUUUAGUUGCAAGAACUUUUGGGAUUUAUAAUAAUUUUUUGUCAACAAUUUAUCAAAUCACAGACGUUUUUGCAAAAUCCUGCAUAUGUAUUUCUCUACUACUAUUAUAUAUUUAUAAUUUGAUAAGUAAAGAAUAUUGCACUAA